AUGUAUAAAAGGACCAGCAGCCCGGAGAAGUCUAGAUUGGUAGCCAUGAGUGCUCUUGAUGAUGUUUUCGAUAGCCUUCGACAUGUAAUAGAAGCAGAUACUAAUUGUGUCAUUGCAAAUUUGGAGUUAAUGGAAAGAGUGAAUAUUAACUCGUCAAACAAGUAUAGAGGCUUGGUAGAAGAUGCCAAAGUAUUGGAUGCUAAUAGAGAAACUAUUUCAAGUAUUGAUGCUGAAAUCCAAGGCUACGUGGAAAGUGUGAACCAAACCGUUAAGCAAGUGGAUGAGCUAGAGGCCAUAGUAAAGGAACUUGACGAGUGGUCUAGAGAGCUUUCAGUGAAGUGUAGGAGAUAUGGACGUAAGCCAAUCAAACCAUAA